UUUAUAUAAAAAUCAAAAUUUUGAUCUCCACAAACCAUGUCUUGAUCUUCCUCCUCAUCAUCCUGACAGUAAUCGCAGUUUAUGCUUUCCUUUCUAUUUUCGGCCAGUGAAAUCAAGUAAGGCUGAUUUCAGGAGAUGAUGAUCGAUUUGAUGCAACAAGAUCAUCAUCUGGUGACUAUCAUUUUGCUGUGAUCCAAUUAAUAUGGCUAAUUGAUGAAUGCUUAUCGAGUGAGAUUCCCAAUUUCGACUUCGCCAUUCACAAUUCUUGGAAACAAAAAUAGGAAAAAGCGGAAGUAAAAAUUCUUGGGAACUUGCAUAAGUGGCUUUCCAAAACAGAUUAUGAUUUCUAAAAAUUAAUCCAGAAACUCCAUUAGAAACUACAUAUUUAUCUUUUCGUUAUUUAUUUAUUUUUAUCGAAAUUUAGGAUCUUUCACUGCAGCUCAAGUGAAAUUAUUUGACGAUCAACAAAAUGGGAAUUGUGUAUAGUUUCAUCAAAUCCUUGGGCAGUAAAGGAGAAAAUGAAGAAAGGAAGGAAGAACCACAUUCAUGUUCUUUCUGUGCAUCAGUGUGUAAGAUUUUCAAGAAUCUAUGGAGGAAGAUCUACUGUACUAUUUUACUUGCAAAACCAAGAAAACCAGGCCCCAUACUUCCUGUUGAAAAUCAUGUAGUUUUACAAGAGAUUUCUUCGCCUAGUUCAGAUUCAUCUUUGGACUCGGGCCAAAGUGCUGCCUAUGUCCCCCCUUCAGAUUUGGAAUGGCAGAGGAUUUAUUCCGACGUAGAUAUUGAAUCGCAUGUUAAUGCUGAUACAUAUUCCCCUCCUUCAGAUUUGGAAUUGCAGAGGGAAUACUCAAACACAGAAAAUGAAGCGUAUGCCAGUGCUGCAUGGCUGCAAAAUCCGCCAGUUUCUUCUGCAAUCCGGACAGAGUCCGUCGAGGACGAAGACUCAAACUACACUAAAGGGCUGGAUGUGUUAAUUGAUGUACCUACCUUUAAUUGCUCUCUUGCCCUUAAAAACGCAUUUGACAUUGUGGAUUCUGCUGUUUUCAUUGAAAAGGACCAAAAUCAGCUAGGCCCGGAUGACUCUGGGGAGAAAGUUGAGGAAGAAAAGGAGAUAGAAUGUUUGGUGGCAGAAGGGAAAUGGAUAAAACAUUAUAAUAGUAACCACAGGAUACUGCUUGUGGGUGAAAGAGACUUCUCUUUCUCUGCUAGUUUGGCUGUGGCUUUUGGUUCUGCUCCCAACAUCAUUGCAACUUCUCUCGAUUCUGAAGAUUUUCUGAAAGCAAAUUAUACGCAUGCAAUGUCCAACAUCGAGAAGCUAAGGAAUAGGGAGAGCAAGGUCAUGCAUGGGAUUGAUGCUACUAAUAUUUCAAAUCAUCACUUGCUCGGAGAAAUGAAAUUUGAUCGAAUAAUUUUCAACUUUCCAUAUGCUGGUUUUUUUAAGCAUUUAUCCCGCGAGGCUCAACUAUGUAAGCACAAAACACUUGUGAGUCUUUUUCUCAAGAAUGCUAAGGAGUUGAUCAGUGAAAAUGGUGAAAUUCAUAUAACCCACAAGACCAAUAAUUUCCAUGUUGAAUGGAAGUUAGAAUCCAUGGCUUCUUCCUAUGGACUUGGACUGAUCGAGGCUGCGAAAUUUAGUCACUUUGAUUAUCCAGGUUAUCGCACCAAAUGUGGCUUUGGUCGUAACGAUAAUUUUUUAUGUUACCCAAGCAAAACGUACAAGUUUGGGCUUAGAAGAGGCUCAAGUUCAGCGUGUUAAUUAAUUUACUUGAUAAUGUAGGCAAAUAGAUUUCGUGUAUCUUUAAGGAAUGGGACAUAGUCCAAUUUUGGUGAUGUCUGAGUGUCGUUAAAAUAUGAAAAAGUAAUGUAGUGUAUAUAGUUUUUAUUUGUUAGUUAUUUGUAAUUUCAUAUGUACGUCUGUUGUUAAACUACUUUGUUUUCUCUUCA